UAUCACUGACGUGUAACUUGGUAAAUUUUGUACGGUACUAUCGACUAUCGAGCCAAACAUAAAAAUCGAAACUGUAUUCGUCGGCACCUCAUAAUCUUCUCUUAUUACCGAGAAAAGGUCUGAAGAUGAGCUCGUUUAAGCGAGAUAAAAAGGAAGAGGAGGAUAGUAGUGGUAAUCCUUACCAAAACAUGGAUAAAACAAUUAUUUUACAAGAAACAAGGUACUUUAACGCUACCCCUGUUAACCCUCGAAAAUGUUCGCAUAUUUUAUCAAAAAUCCUGUACUUAUUAAAUCAAGGCGAGAAAUUAAAUACACAAGAAGCAACGGAUGCGUUUUUUGCCACAACUAAACUGUUUCAAUCCAAAGAUGUUAUGCUUCGCCGAAUGGUUUAUCUCUGCAUUAAGGAGUUGAGUAAACUAGCUCAAGAUGUGAUAAUAGUUACAUCCUCACUGACUAAGGACAUGACUGGAAAAGAGGAUUUAUACAGAGCUGCAGCCAUAAGGGCUCUCUGUAGUAUCACAGACAGCACAAUGCUGCAAGCUAUUGAAAGAUACAUGAAGCAGGCUAUUGUUGACAAAAACCCUGCUGUUAGUUCGGCGGCAUUAGUUUCUGCACUGCAUUUGUCGUCUACUGCACCUGAUCUUGUUAAACGCUGGGCAAAUGAGGCCCAGGAAGCCAUCAAUUCUGACAAUGCUAUGGUAUCAUACCAUGCUCUAGGUAUUGUCGCUGCCACUCGCAAGAAUGACAAGCUAUCCACUGUAAAAAUGGUAACCAGAUUGGCUAAAUCCCCUCUAAAAUCACCAUAUGCACUCUGCCUUUUAAUCCGUUUAGCAGCACAGCUCGCAGAAGAUGAUGACACUGAUGCUGCUCAGCCUUAUAUAGAGUUUAUUGAAUGCUGUCUUCGUCACAAAUCUGAAAUGGUGAUAUACGAGGCGGCUCAUGCUAUUGUUAAUCUUCGAAAAACUGCUAGAGAUCUAGCUCCCGCUAUUUCAGUAUUGCAAUUGUUCUGUGGAUCUUCUAAGGCGACAUUAAGACUCGCCGGUGCCAGGACUCUAGCAAGGCUAACAGCCAAACAUAAUACAUCAGUUGCUGCUUGUGCAGUAGAUUUAGAAAAUCUUAUCUCUGAUCCCAAUAGAUCAGUAGCAACGCUCGCCGUAACUACGCUAUUAGCGACCGGGGCCGAGAGUUCAGUGGACAGACUCAUGAAGCAAAUAUCUAGCUUCGUGUCUGAAAUAUCUGACGAAUUUAAAAUUAUUGUCGUCAAGGCAAUCAGAAGGCUAUGCACAAAAUUUCCACGAAAGCAUCAAGCAUUAGCGGCGUUUCUUGCUGGUAUGUUGAGAGAUGAAGGGGGGUUGGAAUAUAAAGCUGCAAUCGCUGACGCUAUUAUAGCUUUGGUCGAGGAAAAUCCGGAAGCGAAAGAAACGGGUUUAGCUCACCUUUGUGAGUUCAUCGAAGACUGUGAGCAUACAGCUUUAGCUGUUCGUAUUUUGCAUUUACUGGGCCGCGAAGGUCCGAAAUCACGUCAACCGUCGAGAUACAUAAGAUUCAUCUACAACAGAGUUAUACUAGAGUCCGGGCCAGUCCGAGCAGCUGCAGUGUCGGCUGUUGCACAAUUUGGCGCUCAGCGACCAGAAUUGCUUCCAAAUAUUCGCGUUCUCCUCGCGCGUUGCGAGCUAGACGACGAAGAUGAAGUGAGGGAUCGCGCUAUCCUGUACAGUGCCAUACUCGAUUCGGGAGAUCCGCAGCUGAUUAACGACUACAUUAUAAAUGUCCCGAAACCGAAUAUGGCUCUGCUCGAAAAAGCUUUGCGCGACCAUAUCGCCAUCAACCCCGAGGAGCCGUUCGAUCUCAACACCGUACCGACCGAGGAAGUGAAAGACACCAAGGAGGACGUAGCAGAGAUUGAAGUGCGUAAGCCUAAACAACUUUCGAUCGAGGAGAUAUACUCCGAGCAGCUGGCUAAGAUACCAGGAAUCGAGCGCCUCGGGCCUAUAUUUAAAACUAACCUGCCAAUAGAGUUAACGGAAGCCGAAACAGAGUACAGAGUGCGGCUCCUGAAACACAUUUACGCCCGAUACGUGGUGCUGCAGUUUGAGUGCAUAAACACUUUAAGUGACCAAAUUUUGGAGCAGGUGCAUGUUAAAUUAGAUAUUCCUCCAGAAUACGAGAUCAAAACAAUCCUACCGUGCCAGAAACUAGCUUACGACAAACCGGACAGCGUCUUUAUAAUCGUCGAGUACCCUUGCGCUUUUCUCGACUCCUUGGGUUCCUUCGGGGCGACACUAGAGUUUGUCGUUCACGAUUGCGAUCCGACCAACGGCGAGCCAGACCCGGGAGAGGGAUACGCGGACUCCUAUCCUCUGGAAGAAUUUUUCAUGGCAUGCUCCGAUCAAAUCAGGGCUAGAGCUGGGGGAGACGACUGGCAGCAGACCUGGGACAGGGCGGCGAACGCGCCGGAAGCGAGUGAUACCUUCGUGCUGCCCCAGAACGAUAUCAAUGAGGCCGCUAAGGCAGUAUGCGAGCACCUAGGGCUGCCAAAAUCGGCCAUAACAGGAGAUUCCGUCAAGGAAAUAAGAGGAGGAGGAAUAUUUAGGGGUGGUGCCCCUGUUCUAGUCCGUGCCAGGCUAGCGCCGAGUAACGUCGGGGUCACUAUGAACUUAAUGGCUCGCUCGCCGAGAGAAGACGUGGCCCAGCUGUUGCUGGCUGCAAUUGGUUAAAAUGUUAUUAUAUGAAACUGCUGCAGUAAUAAGUAUGUUAUGAAUAUCAAUUAUCAACAUAAAAUAUGUAUUACAUACCCAGUAUUCUCCUGUAUUGUAGAUGUCCUACAAGACAGUCGAUGAGGCUGUUUGAAAAGAGCAAUAGUGCAUAUUGUGUCAAACAUCAAAGGCGUCGUUCCACUGCAAGUAAAUUACGCCGUGGUAUUAUUACUGUGUAGUUUACCUAUAUACUGCAAUGUAUUUUUACUUUUUAUUGAGCAUUUUGGGCGAACAUUAAGCUUAAAGACGUUCUUUGCCCAAAAUUGCUAUUGAAACGCAUUUCAUAUUCUGGCUUAAGACUUUCAUAAUAUAAUUAUUUCUUAUAAAAGUAAUAAUUAAUUCACAAUAUUACUAAUCUAUUCAGUGUUGGGUUAGUAGAGAUUUAAAAUAUGUGGAGUGUGAGUAAACAUUAUUCUCGCCACUUAAAAAAGUGGAUAUGUAAUGAUAAUAUUAUAUUCCAAUAAAAUAAAUAGUAAAUUCCAAUUGA